AUGAGUCAAAAAGAAGUAGGAAUGUUAGAUGUGGGAACGCAUUGUAAGUUUUGUCGCCAGUUGGACUUCCUUCCAUUCCAUUGCUCGCGCUGUAAUGGUGACUUCUGUCAGCUACACAGGCUGAAAGAGGACCAUCAUUGUAGAUGGUUGCUAGAGCAUCAGAACGUUGAAGAUGCAAACUCUGCUCCAUCUCCCAAAAACGAGAACGGUCGGUACUUCCAGUCUUUACUACCAGAGAAAGGAUAUAUACGGGUGCAACAACCACCUGAUUCACGCAAGGCGGCAUCUGACUCCUUAAGGGAGCGCUUAGUGAAAUCCGGCAAUACUACUGCUUUGGAUAAGUUAAAACAAUUCUUUAGCAGGAACCGCAGUGCCCAUUCAAAGAAGACUUCGAAAACGAGUCCCUCCACCAAAAUUAUACAACUUGCAAAAAUGAAAAAGAGUGCGGUUGGUGACGGAAAGAUUCCACAAGAUAAUAGGAUAUACAUCUUUUGCUAUGUCGUCGAUCGAAGUGACGAGCAUGUCAAGCAUGAAUUAUUCAUCAAUAAGAUCUGGCCAGUAGGACGUGUUCUGGACUACAUAGCUUCCCAAUUUGAUAUCCAAAACUACAAUAAUCGUGCUGAAUCGACGACAAAAGAAAAGUUGUUCCUCUACUUAGAUAAUAAUGGGGUGCCGACACCCAUCGACACAACAAGCAGAGUGGCCACUACGAUUAAAAAUAUGGAUACCCUAUUUCUCGUUCGGGGAGAACAAGCUCCUUCAUCGUAA